AUGCGUCUCAAUCUCGUAAAAGCCGGAUUACUCUCCGCCAGCACGCUCGUGGCAGCUCAGAACGAGUCUCCCGAGCUCGAACCCUUCAGCCUCUUUGACAACCGCGUCAUCUACAAGGCUCGCGAAGGAGAGAGCCUCUCGUACCCACGCCAUGUCGAGCUCGAGAGCGGAGAGCUGCUGGUCACGGCGUCUCUGCGCACCAACCUGACCAGUCCGACGUACUUUCCCGUAUUUGAGUCUGAAGACGGCGGCGUGAGCUGGGAGUGGGUUUCCAACAUCACUGACCAGGUCAACGGCUGGGGCAUGAGUGCGCAGCCGGCGUUGAUGGAGCUGACGGAGCCGAUCGGGGACUACUCCGCCGGCACCAUCUUGGCUUCCGGUAACAGCUGGAGCCAGAACGGGACCAGGAUUGAUGUGUACGCCAGCUUGGACAAGGGGCGCAGCUGGGAAUUUGUCAGUCGGGUGACGCAGGGCGGACGGCCAAACACCACUAACGGUGCUGAUCCUGUUUGGGAGCCAUUCUUGAUGCUCUAUGACCACCAGAUUGUCUGCUACUACUCGGACCAGCGUGACCCCCUCCACGGACAAAAGCUGGCUCACCAAACAUCCCCAGACCUCAAGACAUGGGGCCCAGUGAUAAACGACGUUGCAUACGACCUGUACAUUGCCCGUCCCGGCAUGACCGUCGUGGCCAAGAUCGAGACGAUGGACAAGUACAUUGUCGUCUACGAGUACCCAAUCGGCAACUCAUCCUCGCAUGGGGCCAACUACCCCGUGCACUACCGCAUAGCCUCGGACCCUCUCCUGUUCGACUCGGCAGAAGACCACCCGAUAGUGAUUGGCGGCAACUUUGCCCCCAACGCAUCCCCGUACGUGGUCUGGUCGCCCGUCGGAGGGCCCAACGGCACCAUCAUCGUCUCGGACGCCGACUACGACGAGGUCUACACCAACAGGUUCGGCGGCGACCCGGACAAGUGGGUCAAGAACUACUCACCACAACCGGGCGCCUACAGCCGGGCCCUGCACGUCUUCCAGAACAAGACCGACCACCUCAUGAUCCUGGGCGGGUCCAAGUUUGAGGGCGGGCCGCCGGACCUGACGUUGAGCGUCGUGAGCAUCACCGAGAUGCAUGCGAAUUCGACCGAGGGCGAGCCGGGCCCAGGCUGUCCGGCCCAAAAGUCCAAAAGGAGAACUCGAUAG